CCGAAAACCGAUACAAACCCGAAAAUCCCGAAAGUUGCUGUUGGAGAAUGGAGGGUGGGGACUUGUGACUUUUACGGUGACGUUUGGGACAAUGGACCUCUAGGGUUCGAUCUCCUUGCGAGUUGCGACAAUCGACAGAGGGGACUGGAGUGGAGAGGUUUAGGAAUCCUUGCUCGACUGACGACUGCUCGAGGUCGAGGUCGAGGCUACGUCGCUUCUCGGAUCAGGAAACCCUCAACGCCCUCGCCGCCAUCGCCCAUCAGCCUCCUUGCUCGAGGAUUUGCCGCUUUGGAGAUCGAGAAACACCAAAACAGAGCCUCCCUUCUCAGCUUCUACCAGUUAAACUCCUCGGCCCUUGCCGCCAUCAACGUCCUCGUCGGCGCCAUCAGCCUCGAGGGGAUCUCCGACUUUGCCUUUCCUCUGCCUCCCAGCAAUGCAGCAACCUAGAUUCGAAAUCAGCGUUUUGGUGUUGUUCUGAAUUCUGAUGAUUUAGUUCCAAAUCUGGUUUGAGUCUUCAAGUUGGUCAAUUUGCCCAGCAAGGCAGCCACCUAUCUAGGCUCGAUUCUCAUCUUCCCAAACUACUCCCCGCAGUCGUAUCUUCAGACUUCAAUCAUGAAUAUGGCGUCCCAAGAGAGUGAGGCGCAAUCGGCUUCUCGUCCUAAACGCAGAGGGCGCUCUAGAAGUACCGGCAGACCUAGUGGAAGCUCUCCUGCUACCCAUGUUUUGGUCUCGAGUCCUACUAUGUCACAAGUGGAAGAAGACUAUGUCGACGACAAUUCUAAUGAGAAUGAUGAGACUUAUGUAGAUGUAGAGCCUGAUGAGGAGUGAUGAUGGUUGUAGUGUUUAUCUUGUAUGGUGGAUGAAUUUUGAUUUUACUUGGAUGUUAUCAUUUGAGAAUUGUAAAACUAAUGUGUUUAAUUACGAGUUGAAGAUAAUCUCAUCUAUGAUUGUCGGUAUUUUAUGUUGAACAAAAUUAUUUAUAAUUU